GACACAGUACAGUCACUGCACCGUUUACUCAUCUGUGUUUUACCAAAGACAUAUCUUAGAGUCGGUUGGAGAAAUUAAAAAAAAAAAAAAAGAGGGAACGAAGAAAGGAGGGGAGAAGGAAAGGAGACAAGGGCGCCACUAGACCGUGUUGGGUCGCGGCAUGCUGUAUUCCUUCGACUCCGUUCACCUCCAUUCACACAGUAAAUAAAAGCAUGGAGGCUCUGACUCUCGGGAUCUAACACCGAGCAGCGGGGGGUAAAGACACUGCCGCAUGCGCUCUCCCUUUCACCAAAACGCGCAGGAAGGAAGCAGGAAAGCGGCGAACGCUUUGCCAGUUUGGAUUUAACUCGUAUUUCGUGGAAGGGAGGAUUGUAGUUGGCGAAAGGAGCGGGGCAGCCCGCCGUGCUGAGCAUGAAGCGGACGGCUGUAGUGGCCAGGCACAAUGGCCUCGUCUCUCCGCUGGGGAACAACAACUCCGGAGCUUCGAGCAUCGUCUCGCCGCCCCAGCCGAGAGCCACUAGCAUCUCCGCUUCUGCCGACAGCGGUGCCGGCGGUGGGAUGGACGGCCUGCUGGAUUUCUCCAAAGGCCCCACCGUCAAAACCGAACUGGUGUGCAAAUGGAUUGACCGAACUUCUUCGAGACAGAGGCUUGGGCGGACGGCGACAUCCGUCUGCGACCAAACUUUCAGCUCCAUGCACGAGCUGGUGGACCACGUCACCACCGAGCAUGUAGCGGCGGGGCUCGAGACCCUCAGUCAUGUCUGCAUGUGGGACGAGUGUAUGCGCGGCGGGAAGGCGUUCAAAGCCAAAUACAAACUCAUCAACCACAUCCGCGUGCACACCGGGGAAAAGCCUUUUUCAUGCGCAUUUCCCAACUGCGGCAAGAUGUUCGCACGCUCCGAGAACCUCAAGAUUCACACGCGCACGCACACUGGUGAGAAGCCAUUCCAGUGUGAGUUUUGCGAGCGGCGCUUCGCCAACAGCAGCGACCGGAAGAAGCACUCACAGGUCCACACGGCCUCCAAGCCCUACGACUGCAAGGCCCUGGGUUGCACCAAGUCCUACACCCACCCCAGCUCCCUGCGCAAACACAUGAAGGUUCACAUCAAGUCGUCACCUACCUCUGACCCCCAGGACCCGUACGACUCCAUCCCUCAUCAACUCCAGCAACCUCAUCAGGCUCUCCUGGAGCCCCUCGACCUUAAAAUGAACCGCCUCUCUCCAUCACUUGCCAACAAUAAUGCUAAUUUUUCUCUUCUGUCGAGUCACGAAUUGGGCAUCAGCUCAGCCAAUGAAGUGGACCAUAAGCUGCUGCUGCGGAGCUCGUCUCCAAUGGCAAUGCCUCUGGAUCUGUCUCUGUCGGGCCUGAAGAGUCAGCUGGCCCAGAAGCAGCAGAGCGGCAGGACCCCGCGGAGGAGCCAGCGAUCGGUCAACCCAGCCUUACCUCAGUUGUCUAACAUUAAAGAGUGGUAUGUCUGUACCAGGACUACAGCGCCACACUUUCCUCUGCUUCACCCAGACCACAUCAAAUCAGAACCUAGCGAUGACGAGGAGUACGUCACGUAGGAUGGAGGGACUGGUGAAGAACAGACCUCGUACGUUGUCAGACUGGAGUCAGGUCAGAGGACGCUCUGUGGAAUCAUAGUUGCUGUAAUUUUCCAGAACCAGCAGUUGUACGGUUCGACGUCAGUGGCCCUUCUAAGAUGGAGGAGGCUGCGAUCAGACAGAAGGCUUGUCCUCUCUGUCUCAGACUCAGCAGUGUGUGUGGGGGGACCAUCAGCAGUGGCUCAAAGGAUGCCCGGAUGGGGGGGACGAGAGGAAUUUCAACACUAUGGUUGUCAAACUAAAAUGUCUGACGCAAAGAAAAAAGAAAAAAAAAAAAGACUGCAAGUUAUGGAAUCAGCGUUAGCUAGCUAACCUGAACUAACAGAGGGGAUAACUUUGUACAAAUGGACCAGAGAAUGUUAGUGACUGCUCUGCUCGCUGUUAAAGAAUAUGAAGAGGGUCUGUGUACGCGAUGGCCUCUGUAGAGAGACAGAUUAUUGACCAGUUUAUCUAAGAGCUCCACCUAGAUGAAGCAAUUUCAAGGGCUAAAUUGCCACUGAUGGAAAGUGGUUAAUGUUAACCUGAGCUCGUAGUAGUAUUGUACACGUGGUAACAGAGCAGGUGAGUGCGUGCCUGUUAAGGACUCAGUCUGCUUUAAGCAAGCUAGUUUGAACAGUGUCAGAAAGUUGGAGUUGGAAGCAGCUGAUUCAGCCGUCAGAAAGUAGAGGGGGGGGGGGGGGUCAGAAGGUGUUAGGGAUCUGACCAACGCUUUGUUUGAAGCAAACUGAGGCCUUUACUAAUAAAGCUUACUUGUUCAGAGGUGUUUUAUGUGAUCACAGUCUAAUCCAACACAGCAGGCAGUUUUCAGACAAGUGGGACUGAUCCGUCUUUGUACUGCUCAUCAAGUGUCUCCUUAACCUCUUCAACUCUAUGGACCUUUCAGUAAGUUAAUCGUGGGUUAAUGUUUACACUCCAUUUGCAAUUUAGUUACGACCCCCAAGGAUUUUUUUCCAAAAAUGACCAUAUAUGUCAUGCACAUAUUCCUUUAACAUGGAGAAAAAAAAAAAAGUGUAUUAAAACGAUGCACAAAACAUCCAGUAUUUUCCCUGUGAUCAAAUGGUUCAGCCAUAAAAAAACAAGAGGUGGCAUCUCAAUGUGAGCAUCCUGUAGUGUCCAUGAAUCAAGGAAGUGCAAUGUGUUGUGUGAGAUUGUGGUACAGCUUGGAAAAAUGUGUAGUGUCUGUGAAGACUUUAAAUGGUUAAUAAGUGACUCGUGUACAUUAUCCAUCCAUUAGAAGGUCAUUUCCAGCUGGAUUUGAACCUGGGACGUAAGGAAACCUGCCUUUAAAAUGCUAUUUUAAAGGAAAAUUACCAGUAUGGGUACACGACCGCGGCGAGUACAGUACGUCAAAGGUGAGGCAGGUAGUGGGUCUGCAAACGGUGAUGGAUGUUUAGAAGGGUUAGUUUUACUGUUCAUUUCUGUUUUCUCUUCCACACAUGUUCUGCUAAUGAGGGGGUUUGUUUAAACCUUCUUGGUCACCAUGUUCCCAAGCUUUUAACUUGGUGAGUACAUCGUUAUUAUUAUUACUGCCAGCAAUGACGGACGAAACUGCAACCAUAACACCCAAGGUCAAUGAAUCUGGAACUUCUCUUUAAACAGUGUGAGUGAGUCAUCAGUCUGGAGGUCCAGAGCACAGAGGGUACGUAGUUUUGAGAGCAAGGACAGAAGUGUGUUAUUGAACUUUUGUUUUUCAAGAGCAAUAAUCUCAAGACAUGAACAAGCAACUGCUCACACCCAGUUUAUGAGGUAUUGUGUAAUUCACACGGUGGAACAGUGGUGAGCACUGCCACAGCCAGAUGGUUGUAGGUCUUCAGUCCUCCAGCUGGGACCUUUCUGUGUGGAGUCCCAAACACAGGCAGGUCUGAUUGAUCUGAAACUCUGAAUUGUCCAUUGAUGCGAAUGAGAGUGUGAACUGUUGUUUGUCCAUAUGCGUCCGCCCCGUGUCAGACUGGUAACUUGUCCAGGUGUACCAUGCCUUUCACUGAGUGUGAGCUGGGAUACUCCUGCUCGAUAAGCUGGUACAGGUAAAACGGAUAGAAACCCCAACACAAACUGAACACAGCCCAAUAAAAUCCACUGCCUGUGACCUGGAGGUGAAGAGUCGUCCUGUUAGAUGAUGCCUCCUAAAUAACAUGAGACCCCUCUUAGUGUGCUCCACUUCAUGAUAAGAUAUCAGAUACAUCAAAUCUUUGCGGUCCCUUCAGAAAGAACUCUCUGGCAUCGAAGGCGUUCAGUUCACACCCAUACAUUCACUGAACCAUUCACUCUGCCUUUAUAACAUGUAGGCAGCAGAUGAAAUGUAAGAUCCAAGUCAGCUAACAUGAACGCCCCCUUUGCUGUUCCACCUUUAACUGACCCCCUGAUGAAGCCACACUGAAUCCCAAACCAUUUUUGUCAGUAUUUACUUUCAGAGUUGUGUAGUGAUUUUUUUUUUUUCAAAAUGGCUCUCAGAAAACAGGUGAAGGGACAUUCUGACAGCCUCUGCCUGUCCUCGUUUCACGAUAGUUAACAAGGCUCACGAAGCCUAAAGAGACUUUAAAAAACAAAAAAACAAACUUAAAUUAUAAGUUAAGUGUGACGUCAAGAGAAAUGACUCAAAUCUGACCAGAGAGCAGCUGAACUGAUUCCUUUCCAGUCUGUCUGGGAACCACUGGAGUUCAUUCUUGAGCUUUUCCUGGAGCUUUCAACCACAUCUGCACUGAUUAAGACCAUGAGAUGUUCCAGACAAAGUGGCCCAUGGGAUAAGAUGUCUUUUGUCAUACUACUGCACCACUGGCUGAACUCUUCAGGUGAUUACAGUUGAUAAAGGCACCGUAAUCUGGUGCUGGGAUUAAUUCUGAUUAAUUAACGUCAGGGAAUAAUUGGAUAUUCACUGCCUGCUCAGACUGCUUCCCAAUACGGUGCUAAAGUUAGUAAACACUGAUACCCGUUUCUCACUAAGGACCGAUCUUUAAUCAGAAUUGCCUAAUCCAGGACUGAUCCACGUGAGAUCCCUUUACACCAAACCUGACUGACCUGUGGCACCUGGUCUCCAUCUGCUUCAAGUGAAAAGGCCUGGGACACGAGUCACCUAAACCCGUAGCAAGCGUCUAUAGUCAAGACCUUUAUGAAGAGCGUCAUGAAUUUUGGCAUCAAGGCCUUUAAUGUAACAUCCUUAAAUAAAAAUCCUUAAAUAAAAAAAACAAACAAUGACAACAACACACACACAUAAACACAAGCAAACUGAACCAGCAGUAUGUAAGUUAACAGGUAUAUUUAUUUAUUUGUUUGUUUGUUUUGAAUUAUUAUUAUUAUAAAUACUUUAGAAGCCCACAUUACUGGUUGAAGGCACUAGAAAGUUUCUGAUGGCAUCUUUCAUGCAGGUCCACUGGUUUACAG